UGGAGGGGGCGUGGCUUGAGCGGCGUCGCCAAGGGCAGGAGCGCGGCGUCGCCGAGGCUCGGACAGGGAGGGUCGGGGGCGCGUUUGCCGGACCUGGCUGCCCGGCAGCGGCACGAUGAGCCUGGCCCUCAGGAAUGAGCUCUCAGUAGACAAAACCAAAAAGAAGAAAAGAAGAGAACUGACUGAAGAACAGAAGCAAGAAAUUAAAGAUGCCUUUGAGUUGUUUGAUACAGACAAGGAUAGAGCGAUAAAUUAUCAUGAAUUAAAGGUGGCAAUGAGAGCCUUGGGUUUUGAUGUGAAAAAAGCUGAUGUCCUGAAAAUACUUAAAGAUUAUGAUCGAGAAUCAACAGGCAAGAUCACCUUUGAAGAUUUUAAUGAAGUUGUGACAGACUGGAUAUUGGACAGAGACCCACAAGAAGAAAUACUCAAGGCAUUUAAAUUAUUUGACGAUGAUGACUCUGGUAAAAUAAGUCUGAGAAACCUGCGCCGAGUUGCUAGAGAACUGGGUGAAAAUAUGUCUGAUGAAGAACUACGGGCUAUGAUUGAAGAAUUUGAUAAGGAUGGAGACGGAGAAAGUACGUGUUGGCAAAUAAAACACCAUAUAAUCUUGUUCUUAAUUUUGUUCCCCUUUUAGGUGUUACGUUGUUAUAAAAAUGUCCUCUUUAGUUCCUUUCUAGAGUACUUUGAUUCCAAACAUAAUUUAUCUUACAAGUAAUGCAGAGGGUUGCUUUUGACAGCUACUAAUCCUGGAGUCUAAGAAUUUAAUUGAUUCACCACCAACUCUUACUCAACCAAUGUCUAUUAAAAGAUGGGUGAAAGUGUAGUUGAAGGUAAAAAUGAGAGAUUUUGUGUAUCUAUAUUACAUUUUUAUUUCCUUAUAAAUCAGUAAAAGUAUUAAAGUGCUGGGAGUCUUUUGAUCACUUACUCUACAUAUCUUAAGUGGUGAUGUGUCAUUGUUGUGAUUUCAGCAUUGGAUCUGGAGCAUUAAGCUAAUAAAUCAUGUUGGAAGUAGCCUGGGUCUGUAUAGGAUCAGCUUGGAUAGCUCUUUAGCAUACUUCUGGGCCUUGGAGUGCUGAAAAGCAGAGUGUGAAAAAUGGCUCUGCAAUUGACAAUGCCCAUACAGAGUAAGCUGCAGAAGGGAUUUACUAGGUAGAUAAUUAAUUACCAAAUCAAGUUCAAUACUAUGGUUGUUAAAUUAUUGUGAACACUGAAACUUUAGAGUUCUUCAUUAUCUUCAAAACAACCUUAUUUUUACAUCAGAAACCUUAAUGCCUGAAUUUUGAGGAUCACUCAUUUAAGACCUUGUACCUAAAGACUAUAUCAGUCCAUUGAACACUAUUUUUACAGAGUGGUGACUCAUAUAUGAGAUUUCAGUAGCAGGUCAUCAGUUUUUCCUGUGACAAUGGUAUUUAUGCUUAUAAGCAUCUGUUGGACUCAAAACUCACACAUACUAGUGGGAAAAAUGUUGUUGUCAGCCUUCUGACAGAUAGUCUUCUAUGCUAUUUGACAUAGGUGUUAUUUUCUGGAAGUCAUAGUUGUAGAGGUGAGUGGAAGUAGAAUUCUUUGUGCAAAUAUGUUUUGUCAUGUGUUGAUGUCCUGGAGCUGCCAAAUGAGAUGUCAGAAUUGUGGAUCAAUGUUCUUUUGUCACAUUGCUAUUUGGGUACUACAAAUAGAACACAGACCAUUAGCUCCUCUCAGGAGGGUUAUUGAGUCAUAAUUAUUUUGUGUCAGUGCUACAUUCCUUUAAAUCAAAUUGAUCAGCUAAGACUAAGUGGCUUAGUUACCCCUUAUUCAGUCAUCCAUUCAUUGUCUUUGUUAGUGCAAUCAAGCAGAAAAUUGAAUAUGGAAGAUUGAUGGCAUAAUGUUUAUGUAUGGUACUGUUUAUCCUUAAAGUUCUGCAUGUUUUUUGUUCUUUAAAGACAUCUGAGGCUGUUCCUAGCUUUUUAAGAUUCAUUCUGAGAAAGUAAGUUAUCCUGUGAAUCACCAUUUCAUUUGUCUUCAAACACCUGGGUCAUGUGGCAAAAUCUUGCUGUCAUCUAAUUCCCCUUUUCCUGCCCUCAAAAAAAAUUUUGAAAUUGUUAAGUGUUAGCAUUUUUUAUUGUUAUUUCAAAUACAGGAAUAAUACCACUUUUGGUUUAACACCUUUAUUACAUUUGAGAGAUUGUUUUGCUCACAGUGAAAUAAGGUAUCUCGUAGGCUACAUGAACCCUUAUGUUCCCAGCAAAACCACUGAGCUGAAAGUAUAUUUGACAUAUUUUUGUCUCUCUUAAAUAUGUAAAUAAUCUUGUUUUGGUAUUCCUGGGUUUAAUAAUUACUCCUGGUUUUGAGCACAACUAACUUCAGAAACUCCAUGGUGUCAGUUCAUGCAGUUUUGAUCACCUUGUGUGGAUGCAGCUGUAGGAAACACUAUCCAGUCUCAUGUCUCGGAUUUUAGCACAGAAUUAUGUACCCAACCCACCAGUGAAAAAAUGUGCAGCUUUAACUCUCAAGAUUCUAAGUCAACUUCAUUAAGUUAUCUUAAUAUUAGCUGUGAUUCUAGUUCAUUCUUUUAUGAUUACCUAAGUCAUAGAGUUGAGAGAAAUCUGAUACCAUGAAAAACAGUGCUUCUGCGUUCAUGGUGAUUAACUUGUGAACAGAUUCUACAUCUGAAGAGGAAUAACUGGGAUUACUUGGGUUACUGGGAAUUGUAACUACACUGGUUUUUGAAGUUUCUUUGUUUCAAAGUUUGUUUGUCAUUACAGUGUUGUAUUUUCACUUUGCAGCAUGGUUUCAAGGAUGUUGUAAACCAGAGAAUAUUUUUGAGACGAGGGUUGAAUUUGUGCUGUUAGUGUAUUGUUACUAUGAUAAAGCUGUGGAAAUGCUUUUAAAGUCAUACAGUGACAGUAUUUUUGUGUCUUAGAAUUAGAUGUAGCUAUGUGAUAGACUGGUGUUUGAGAGCAUAGGGUCCUAAGCUAGACUAAAUCUACUUGUUUCCUAUUUUUUUACAUACAUCACAGUAGGACAUACUUAGUUUUUUUUAUUUUUUAUUCUUUAAAAUAGUUGGAUUUCUUUAAUUUUCUUCUAGCUGUUGAAUGUAGUUCUUUCUUUGCAGUGCUUUGUUUAGGAAUAGUGUGGGCAUGUUGGUGGGGAUGGAUUAUUGUCAGGGCUUUGUAUGUGUCUUGUCUUUUCCAUACCACCGGCUUACUCUAAUCAUUCCCACUACAAUAAUUAGUUGCAGAGUGAACAUGUUCACUGGUUAAUUAAUUUUCAGUGGCUAUGUUUUAACAUAUGAGUAAGGUCAGUACCUCAGGUAUAACUGCAGCAAAAUAAUUAAUGAAUGCUAAUUAAUAUACUGUUAUGACUUAAUUUCUUCAAGUGUAUUUGUGUAAACUUUUUGUUAAUUAUAAAUGAAGAAGGUUUAGAUGGGUAGAGGCGCAUCAAAUGUCUAUUUUAAUUCUAGCUAAUUUAUGGGAUAAUUGCUAAAUGUUUUUAAAAUUUUAUAUUUGGCAAGUGUUACAAACUGGGGAGACAGGAAUAGCAUUGUUUGAUCUGUGAUGGUAGACUGGGUGUAAUGGUUUUGAAUUAAGAUUUUAACAAUAAAACUGAAUUAAAUCAUA